GAGCACAUCACAGCAUUCCCCCAUCUCCCACAACCAGAGCCUCUGCCUCUGUGAAGCUAUUUCAACCCUGGAGCAGCAGAGUGAGUGAGUGAAGGCAGCCCAGCUGUGUAACACUGGUCAGUGAGUGAGUGAGUGCUGAUCUCUGUGAGGAGGGCGAUGGAUGAGGUUAAAAUCGCUCUUUUCGGGAGCGAAGCAGUUGGCAAAUCUGCUCUGCUCGUGAGGUUUUUAACUAAGAGAUUCAUCGGUGAAUACGCCUCCAACUCCCAUUCGCUAUAUCGGAAAAGACUAUCAAUAGAUGGCCGGCAAUUGAACCUGGAAAUAUUUGAUCCAUGUUCUCGGAACAGUGAAACCCAAUAUUCUGUGGUAGAGCCGAUGGAAUGGGCUAAUGGCUUCAUUGUGGUUUAUAACAUCAGUGACCGGGCUUCCUUUGUGACUGCCAAAAGUGUUAUUCAGCAGAUUAAAGAAGCGCACACAGAACAAUGUAAAAGUGAUUUUGAAGUCCCGAUCUGCCUGGUGGGAAACAAGCAGGAUCUGUGCCAUGCCAGAGAGGUGCAUGAUGAGGAGGCUCGCCUGCUCGCCAUUGAGAACAAGUGUCAGUUCCAGGAGCUGUCGGCGGCAGAGAAUUACCAGGAAAUCUUUAACAUGUUCCUCAAACUAAUUCAGGCCGUGAUGGACUGUCUGAGGAGCAAGACGGACAGAAGGAGAUACAGUGGAUCCAAAUCCAUGGCCAAGCUGAUCAACAACAUGUUUGGAAAGCGAAGAAAAUCCGUAUAGAAAGAAAGUGUUAACUGGCGCUUCACCCCUCCAUUUGCUCAUUUAGCUCUGUGUCCCUUUAACUUGUGCUGAUGUUCAAGGAAAUGAAUCAAACGGAUAGAGGUGUUUUGCUGUGGGGACACCAGCAGUUUCUACGGCAUCGCGCACAUGACUUUCCUUCUCGAUUAGAUGCUGGUAUGUUUGAUGCUGAUCUGACCUGAGGUUUAUAAGCCAAUUAUGUGACAAAUUACUAACCUGCAGCUGUUUCCAGUUAAAAUGCACUCUGUAAACAGUAUGAGUGCAGUGCUCCUGUUACUGCAGAACCAAAAAAAAAUGUGCGUCUCACACUGAGCGCCCUAGACUGACGAUGUUGCACAGACCAGGCUUGUGAAACAGCCCAACUCAAAAACUCAGCUAGUUAUUUGUUCUCUCUCUUGAAGAACAUUGGGAUUUCGCAACUCUUACCAACUCGUCCUUCCACAAGCUGCAGAACUCUGCACAUUGUGUCCUCUCC